AUGGAGAACGUGAAGCAGCAGCAGCCACUUCUCGCCGGCGACAACGGUCGGAAUAACUACACAAAUCUGAAACAGUUCCCGGCGGCGCCUGAGAAUGUUGAAGCAGAAGACAGGGGUGUGGAAAUUAAUGGAGUUAAAGAUUUUUGUAGGGAGUUCUAUGUGGAGUCUAAAAAGCUGUGGUAUUUGGCAGGACCGGCCAUCUUCACCUCCAUUUGCCAGUACACCGUCGGCGCCACCACCCAACUCUUCGCCGGACAACUCGGUACCAUGCAACUCGCCGCCGUCUCUGUCGAGAACUCUGUCAUUGGCGGCUUCUCUUUCUCCAUCUUGUUUGGAAUGGGAAGUGCUUUAGAGACACUAUGUGGCCAAGCUUACGGUGCCGGAAAGUUUGAAAUGCUCGGAGUAUACCUGCAAAGAUCUUGGGUGGUUCUCAACACCAUCGCCGUAAUUCUAAUGUUCACCUACAUAUUUGGCGUCUCCGUCCUUCGUCUCCUCCGCCAGACACCAAGUAUAGCCACGGCGGCAGGAAGGUUUUCCGUUUGGAUGAUACCACAACUAUUUGCUUACGCCACCCUGAUCCCAAUAGCCAAAUUCUUACAAGCACAAAGCAACAUCAUGCCAAUGGCAUGGAUUGCUCUGGUGGCAGUCGUUAGCCAUGUGUUUUUGAGUUGGCUUUUGAUGAUGAAACUCGGGUGGGGUCUAGUGGGUGCGGCGGUGGUUCUUGAUUGCUCAUGGUGGUUCAUGACCGUGGCUCAGCUCACAUACGUUUUGUGGGGGUCGUGUGGUCAAGCUUGGGGUGGUUUUUCGUGGGAAGCUUUUCAUAAUCUCAAGGGAUUUGUUCGUGUUUCGUUCGCCACAGCCGUAAUGUUUUGCUUGGAGAAUUGGUACCUGAUGUCGUUGGUUCUCUUUGCCGGGUACUUCGAGAAUGCAGAAGCCUCUGUCGACGCUUUAUCGGUGUGCCUCAACAUAUUAGGAUGGAUUUGUACAGUUGCUUUAGGACUCAACGUUGCCGUAAGUGUAAGGGUGUCGAACGAACUCGGUUACAGAAGGCCGAAAACUGCGAGGUUCGCGGUUAUAGUCGUGGGAUUGACUUCAGUUCUAAUUGGACUCCUCUUCACGGCGGUUCUUCUAGUGUACAGAAAACAAUACCCGGCGUUGUUUACAAACAGUCGAGAAGUAAUGCAACUCUUAGAAGAACUCACGUUGUUGCUCGGAAUCAGUAUUAUCGUCUAUUGCCUUCAGUAUGCUCUUUCAGGGGUGGCCAUCGGAGCAGGGUGGCAGACGGCAGUUGCUUAUAUGAACGUCGGGUCGUAUUUCUUUUUUGGCAUUCCGAUGAGUCUUUUGAUGGGAUUCAGAUUAGAUAUGGGUGUCAAGGGAAUAUGGUACGGAAUGGUUUCGGGAGCAACCAUGCAAUGUUGCCUAUUACUUAUCAUGGUUUCUCGAACGAACUGGAACGAAGAGGUGAACAUUGUGGGACACCGAAUCAAACAAUGGGGAGGUGACAUCCAACAAAGAUCGAUUCAUUGAGCCAUCGAUCGGUAGAAAUAUGUAUUCCGAUAUCGUAUCGUAGGAAUGUGAAUAUCGGAAUCGUUCAAAUAUUAAGCGAACCUACCGAUAAUAGAAGUUGUCGAGAUAACGAAACGAAUUUAGGCCAUGAUGGCUUUCAAUCAUUUUGGUUUGGUUUCAUGUUGUCGACCAAAAUUAGUGUUUAUAUUGUUUGCGUUGUGGGAUAGAUUUCCAAUUUAGGGGGUGUUUGGGGUUGCUUAUU